AUGGCGUCCGUACCGAGAGGCCUCAUUUCUCGCAUCAGCCACCCUUCUCCCUCGCAAUCUCUUCCCGUUUGUAGUUUCUUUUUCCUCCAACGAUUCAGCUCCGAUGCUGGGUUCGUCGAGGGUAUUGAAUCCGAUGUAACCGAGAUUGGAUGUGGGAAUAAGAAACCGAAGCAUUUGACAAUGCCUGUGUUGGGUCACUUCAGAGCUCAAGGUGUGGCGUUGAAGAAGAAGUUGAGAGAGUUUCCUGUGAUGGAAGAUGCUCUUCUUCCGGUUGUAGGGCUGUUCGUUUGGUUGCCGCCAGUCUUGCGGCUGCGGCUAAGACCUGCGGCUAAUCUUGUUCGUUUCGUUGACGCGGAUGACCUGCGGCAGCGGCUGCGGCUGGACGCGACAUUUGCGUCUGACGCAGAUAAAAAGCAGCCUCUCUCCAUCUCGAGCUCUCUCCAUCUCAAGCUCUCUCCAUCUCGAGCUUCUCUCCAUCUCAAGCUCUUCCAAGCUUUGUUUGUCUCUCACUCUCUGGACUUGUUGGGUUUUUGUUCCUCCUCAAAGCCAGACCAUCUGAAGCUCAGAUCCUCUCAAGCUCUCUCUGGAGGCUCAUCUCGAGCUCUCUUCUCCGCAAAACCACUCCGAGCUCUCUCAGUCUCAGACUCUCCCAAGCUCUCACUCUUCUCCAACGACGAGGAUUACGGUAUCAUCAACGUGUUAGCUAGAGCUUUUGCGUUGGACGUGAUCACGUAUCAAGCUCUCUUAUCUCAAGCUUACACUCUCAAGUUCACACACUCAAGCUCAGAUCCUAUCAAGCUAAGAUCCUCUCAAGUUCCUUACCUCUUAAAGUUUGGCUCUGUCGUCUCAAGUUCAGACCCUCUCAAGCUCAAGCUGCUGCUGUUCUCAAGGUUCUCUCGUCUCAAAUUCAGACCCUCUCAAAACACUCUCAAACUCAGAACCUCUCAAGUUCAGACUCUCUCAAGACCCUCUCAAGUCAGACUAGCUCCACUCGCUAUCAUAAGGCUCUCUCGUCUGAAGCUCACACACUCAAGUUCACACCCUCUCAAGUUCAGACUCUCUCAAGUUCAGACUCUCUCAAGUUCCUUGCCUCUUAAACUUUGGUAUCAAGCUCACACAUUCAAGCUCAAACCCUCCCAAGUUCUCGCUCUCAAUCAUUUAAGACUUGAUACUUGA